AUGGCUGCCCAAGUCCCCGUCUCUCUGCCUCCGACCACAGUGCAGAGCAUCAAGUCAAUCAGUCAAUCCGCCGCGCACGAUUUUCUGGCCGCCUACCUGGACCGCGCAGCUCAAGACCCAGCCCUGCAACCGAACGCCGGCAUCAGCGAACAUGGCCCCGUCUCCCGCUCGACUGCCGCGGCGCCGAACUUGAUCCUCCACAACCUGAAGCGUGUGCAAGCCGGUCUGGCCGGCGAGGUUCUCGGACGUGAUCUCACUGUCGCAAAGCAGAACCCUAAUGAGGAUUACCUGGAUAAUGCUGCUGGUGCGAACGAAAACGGGAACCAAGAGCAGGAGGAACAGAACGAAGACGAUCUUGUUAUGAAGGAUGCUGAGUUCGAUACUGAGGCUGAGGCCUUCGAGGCGCAGCAGGGGGGUCGGGAUACCCUUGAUAAGGAGGAGCGCAAGCGCAAGAAGAAGGAGAGACGGCAGGCGGAGAAGAAGGCCAAGAACAAGAAGGACGAUGACUCGGAUUGA